CAGCAUUCUGGGCUUGUGCAUUCAUUAAUGCGACUCCAUCUUUUCGGGAACGGUAUAAUUUUAGCGGUUCGGCACCAGGUCAAUUUCUUGGGAGAUUCGACGUACUCGCUUGGCCUUGGGACACUUGGGAGGAUGCUGGAGGGAUUGCAGCUAGCGAGAAUCAGCUCAGGGAUGUCCAAAACCGUGCUUAG